GUCAGCGAGAGGCCGGGUGCGGCCCCGUCCUCAAGACAUUCUAGUGGCUGGGAGCACCUGACUCGAUGUGUUGCGGGUUUUCCAAACCCAAGCUGUAGAGCGAGGGCCUUUCUGGCUUCCAGCACCCAGGGGAGGGGACCAUGCUGCCUCUCAGCUCUGGUUUCCGUCCGAGGACGCGGGACCUAGGAUCCGCCUUGCACGUGAUCCUUGUUGCCCCGCCCUCGCUCCUCCCGCCGGGUGGAGCUUCCUCUUCACCGCCAGACUUAAGGGGAGGCCCACACAGAUCUCUGGGGUGUGUAUAAGUGAAACCUGUUCUUGCUACUUAAUUCACGCUUGUGGUCUUGCCCAGGGGGCAAUGGCAGUUUCCUGUGUUCUCCUGCACACUGGGCAGAAGAUGCCCCUAAUUGGUCUGGGUACCUGGAAGAGUCAGCCUGGACAGAUGCUGGAAAUUCAUAGUGUUAGUGUUUUGCUGGAUCUUGCUGAAAUGGCUUGGGUAAAAGCAGCUGUUAAGUACGCCCUUAGUGUAGGCUACCGCCACAUUGACUGUGCUGCUAUCUACGGCAAUGAGACUGAGAUUGGGGAGGCCCUGAAGGAGGACGUGGGACCAGGCAAGGCAGUGCCUCGGGAGGAGCUGUUCGUGACUUCCAAGCUAUGGAACACCAAGCACCACCCUGAGGAUGUGGAGCCUGCCCUCCGGAAGACACUUGCUGACCUCCAGCUGGAGUAUCUGGACCUGUACCUGAUGCACUGGCCAUAUGCCUUUGAGCGGGGAGAUAACCCCUUCCCCAAGAAUGCCGAUGGGACCAUACGCUAUGACUCUACCCACUACAAGGAGACCUGGAGGGCUCUGGAGACACUGGUGGCGAAGGGGCUGGUACGGGCACUGGGCCUGUCCAACUUCAACAGUCGGCAGAUUGAUGAUAUACUCAGCAUAGCUUCUGUGCGCCCAGCUGUCUUGCAGGUGGAAUGCCACCCAUUCUUGGCUCAGAACGAGCUAAUUGCCAUCUGCCAAGCACGUGGCCUGGAGGUGACUGCUUACAGCCCUUUGGGCUCCUCGGAUCGUGCUUGGCGUGAUCCUGAUGAGCCUGUCCUGCUUGAGGAACCCGUGGUCCUGGCACUGGCUGAAAAGCAUGGCCGAUCUCCAGCUCAGAUCUUGCUCAGGUGGCAAGUGCAGCGGAAAGUGAUUUGCAUCCCCAAAAGUGUCACUCCUUCUCGUAUUCUUCAGAAUAUCCAAGUGUUUGACUUCACCUUUAGCCCAGAAGAGAUGAAGCAGCUGGAUGCCCUGAACAAAAAUUGGCGAUAUAUUGUGCCCAUGCUUAUGGUGGAUGGGAAGAGAGUCCCAAGGGAUGCAGGGCACCCCCUGUACCCCUUUAAUGACCCAUACUGAGAACACAGCUUCCCUAGUUUCCCUUCCAGCUCUCCAGGUAUACAAAAGAGGAAGGUAAUAAAGUCAUUGGAACAUCCA